AAAAACCCUAGUCCCUCACCAUAACCGCGUCCCUCUGCGCCUCUCGCCUCUAGGUUUUCUGCAGCUGCUCUCUCCGGGAGAAUUCCACCAUGGUUGCCGCCAAGAAGACGAAGAAGACCCAUGAGAGCAUCAACAACAGGCUCGCUCUUGUCAUGAAGAGUGGGAAGUAUACUCUGGGUUACAAAACGGUCCUCAAAUCCCUUAGGAGCUCUAAAGGAAAACUGAUUAUCAUUGCCAACAAUUGUCCACCUCUGAGAAAGUCAGAAAUAGAGUACUAUGCCAUGUUGGCUAAAGUUGGAGUUCACCAUUACAAUGGAAACAACGUUGAUUUGGGCACCGCAUGCGGCAAAUAUUUCAGAGUGUGCUGCCUCAGCAUUAUCGAUCCUGGUGAUUCGGACAUUAUUAAGACGAUGCCUGGCGAGCAGUAAGUGAUUGUUGUUUUUGUUGGGUACGAGUACCGAAGUUGAGUGCUAGUCAAGGGUAGAAAUUUCGAAGUUUUAUGUACUAAUUUUGUUUACAUAUUGAAGUUUCGUUGUUCCAAUACUCUGCCAUAUAUCGGUAUCGAAGUGACUUUUUUUAGCAGGUUGAAUUUGUGGUUUCAGUUCCUCUUUUUUGGGAAA